AACUUUGAUUGAACUUACUAUAAAUACUUGGCCCUCGAGUCCUUCAAGUGCAUCAACCCGUCUUUUUGAAUUACAACGUUUACAACAAUAUUCAAGCCAUCUAUAUUUUGCUCUCUCUAUUAGCAUCAUCUCUUUUUCAUUCAGAUACUAAAAUAACUCAUCAUGGUUGUUAUCACUUAUGAUCACGAGGUUACUUCCUCAAUCUCACCUGCCAGAUUGUUCAACGCUUUUAUUGUUAACGGCGAUGAACUGAUUCCUAAAGUCUUGCCUCAAGCCGUUAAGAGUGUCGAAAUUCUCCAAGGAGAUGGUGGAGCUGGAACCAUCAAAGUCACGACUUUUGGUGAAGGUAGCCAGUAUAAGAGCGUGAAGCACCACGUUGAGGAACUUGACAAAGAGAAUUACGUCUACAAAUACAGCAUUGUAGAAGGAGAUGUCUUGCAAGAUGAACUUGAAAAAAUAUCUUACGAGGUUCACAUGGUGCCAUCUGCCGAUAGAGGAUCCAUUUGCAAGAACAAGAGCACAUAUUUCUCCAAGGGAAAUGCUCAAAUCAGUCAAGAUGACAUUAAGGCUGGAAAAGAAAAGGCGAUUACUAUCUUCAAGGCUGUUGAAGCAUACAUCAUUGCACAUCCUGAGCUCUACUGAGCGAAGUCUCUAC